UUUUAUAUUUGAGCAAGUGAUUUAUUAUUUUCAAAUAUUUUUUACUAUAUAUUUUAUAUGGAGUUUUAAUCGAAACAAGUGUUUGCAUCGAAAAAUGCAUCAAUUUUACAUCGACAUGUUAGAAGACAAGUUUGAUGUGGGUGGUUUAACUGCAUAAUAUAACCUUUUAAAUCGAAAUUAUUUCCGCAAAAUCUGUGAUGCCCGAGCAAAGUAACGACUACCGUGUGGUAGUUUUUGGAGCUGGUGGUGUAGGCAAGAGCUCCUUGGUGCUUAGAUUUGUUAAAGGCACCUUCAGGGAGAGUUACAUACCUACCAUCGAAGAUACAUAUCGACAAGUUAUUAGUUGCAACAAAAAUAUAUGUACUCUACAAAUAACAGACACAACAGGAUCACACCAAUUUCCAGCAAUGCAAAGGCUCUCUAUAAGCAAAGGACAUGCUUUUAUCCUUGUAUACUCAGUAUGCAGUCGGCAAAGUUUGGAGGAGUUAAAACCAAUUUUUGAAGUCAUAAAAGAACUGAAAGGACCAGACUUAAGUCAAAUUCCCAUUAUGUUAACUGGUAAUAAAUGUGAUGAAAGUGCAGAGCUGAGAGAGGUGUCAACGUCGGAGGGCCAAGCCCAAGCGGCCGAGUGGGGCAUCAGCUCCAUGGAAACCUCCGCCAAGACGAAUCACAAUGUAAAGCAAUUAUUUCAGGAACUGCUGAAUCUCGAGAAGUCUCGAAACGUAAGCCUUAACGUGGGCGGCAAGACCAACAGCCGCGUGGCCAAGGACAAAUGCGAGGUUAUCUGUGACACAAAAUUGACGUAUGGAGUCACUGCGAGACCAAGCGCCCUUUAGUUCCCAGAAAAAUGGCGCCCCCUUUAACCAAAGUGAACGAUCGAAAACAGAAAGAUGCAAAGGGUGAUAAAAACAAACGAAACGUUCGUUUAGAACAGCGUUGUCAGAGCUAGUACAAUUUAUUGUAAUAAUCUUAUUAGAUUUAUUAGAAUGUUUUAGAUUAAUAUCUAGUAAUUGCAUUUUUACGAUGACUACAAAUCAAAAUGAAUUAGGCAAUAAAAAAUAAAUUACUUUUUCUCUUAUAUACUUAAAAUCAUAAAUGAAAUUUAUUCUAUUAAUAAUAAUUAGUAAGUUCGUAGCAAAAAUAAACGUUCUUUAAGCCGGGAAAUUUGAAUUUUCUUACUCUCGGUUUUUACUGAUAUUCUAGUAGUAUCUGAUAUACAGUGUCGCUGAAAAAGUCCACAUAAUAUAGGAUUCUUUUUAUUUAUUUAGUUUUUGUUUUAAAAUAAAUUAACUAAAAAAUAAUUAAAUAUAAUAUAAAUAUUUACGCUCUUGCUGUCGGGUGUCUGUCAAAUUUGACAUUUAAAAAAAUAAAUGGCUAAAACACGGGUUUAUUGGUAGAAUGUUUCAUUUGAAACAGUUAUUUCUUUUUAAUUUUACACAAGUGUACUAAUUUUCAACCAUCUAGAUGAAAAUUAAAAUGAAUUCAGUAAUUUUUAACCAAUAUCUCUCUAAAACAAGUUCAAUAUGAUGCGGACUUUCACUGUGACACCUAUACAGAACUCUGGCAACGCUGGUUUAGAAGCAAUCGUCAUCAGAGAAGACGCGAGCGAGUUUCUUUGCUGUCCUUUAAAAGAUAAGUGCCCACUUGCGGACAAUAUUUAGACAUUUUUAUUCCGUUUGUUGUUUAGACUUCUUGUACAAUACGUAUAUAGUUGGGUAUUGCACCUACCAUGAUGAAACACUUUCCUGAGAGAUAAAUGCUAUUUAAACGUGAGAAGUCUCGGCACGCUAAUUCAACAAAGUCAUUUUUGCAGAAAUUGUACUACAUUUAUCUAUUAUCUAUGCUAUUAAAUAUUGUUUGAUUAUUUUAAGGCAGACUUCGUUAACAAAAAAUCAUUAUGAUAUUCUCAACUCAUGGUUUGGUUUGGUUUGGGUAGGAAAUUCACUGCUCUACAAAAAUGGUUUCUUAUGAUUAGUCGCUUAAAUUAACCGUUUAAAAGAUAUUCAUCGUCAAACUUUAA